GCGUCGUGUCAAUUCAUAUCACCCGAGGGCCCGCUCGCCUAACCAGAGAUGCAGAAGGAGGCCACGACCGAGGCCCGCGCGCUCCUCCGCGACGUCCACGUCGUCGCCGCCCGCGUCGCCAAGCAGCUCUCGGACGAGGAGCAGACGCUCCGCGCCAACGUGCCCCAGUACGUCCAGGGCCGGUCCCGCUACGCGAGCGACCACUUCAUCACGUCCAUCGUGCAGUUCCCAUCCCACAUGACGACGCCCGUCGUGGCCAUGAGCCCGAGUGCUGCGCACGCGACGAGAGGCACGAGCGGCUGGCUCCACCUGCACACCAAGCAGCAGACGGACAAGAAACUCAAACUCAAGCGCCGGUUUGUCGAGAUCCGCGACAAGUUUCUCUACUACGCCAAGUCGGACAUUGCCAAGCAAAAGGUGCUCUUGGUGCUCGACGACGUCUCGACUGUCAUGCCGUCGCCGAUGGAGCACUUUGGCAUCGUGCUCGUGACGCUGACCUCGUCCUUGCUCUUGGUCGCCGAGACGGAUGCAGACUACAUGCGCUGGAUCUCGGAGCUCUGCCGCUUCAUUCCCUACCAGCGCGUCCACGCGGUCUUUCGGCGCCGCAUCCAGCAACUCGAGAUGGAAGCAACGCCGGCCAAGGCAGGCGACUUGCACACAGUCCUGUCGCCGACAUCGACGGUCGGCGAGUGCAUUCGCCACAUUUUACUGCUGUUUCACCAGCAGCGCCGCCGGAAAAGUUUGCUCCACCCCGAGCACGAGUACGUGCUCAAGCUCACGGGAUUUCGCGACUACUUUCUCGACUGGCUGCGCCCGAUCGUCGACUACCAGUCGGUGCGCGAGUGCCAGCUCCAGAAGAAGACGCUCCGGCUCACCUUUGUCCACGUCUCGACGCUCGAUAAGAAGCCGCUGAGCCUCCCGCUGGCGUUUGCCCCUCUCUUGUCGCCGCGCGUCGCGUCGGUCGCCGAGAGCUACCUCUUGCCGUCGCCCGACGGGCCAACGCAGAAGAGCGCCGACGUUGACGAGCCACUCCAGCUGUGCAUCCACCGGCUCGCCAACGUGUCGCCGACGACGCUGUACCGCGACCGAACGCGGCGCGAGGUCAAACUCAGGGCCAAGCCGAUUGUGCACCGGUUUAUCUUUGUGCGACUGCAGCUCCUUGACGGUGCCAAGGCCGUCGAGAGCUCGCGGUUUGAAACGGACCUCACGGAGCUGACGCCCCAUGGCGCGCUGUGCACGGCCGAGUUUGCGCCGCUUGUGUGGUACCCGCUGUCGCUGCCGCCGUCCCAAAUGGCACGGUCGCUCCGCCUCGUGUGCACCAUUUACGCAGCGUCCAAGCAGUAUCUGAUCGCCAAAGACGAUGCGCACUGCGAGAAGAUUGCGAGCACGGGCUGCCACUUGUUUGACGUCCAUGGCAUGAUGGUGCAAGGCGACCGGUCCCUCGCACUCUACGACAACUUGGCCGACCUCAAGACAGGCCCGCUACCGUGCGGCGUCGAAGCGGGCCAAGGCUACAUGCAGGUCGAGUUUUGCUCGGCGCCCAUGUCCCACGUCAAGUACUCGCCGACGCCGUCGAUGCGCCGGAGUAGCAUCCGCGCGAGCCUCAGCGACACGAACCUCUCGAUGCUGGGUCAGUCGUUUUUCACCAUCUCGGAGCCGUCGGUGCUCAAGGAGGGCGCGCUCGCCAAGCUCAGUGCACGACCGUGGCACGUCUGGAAGGAGCGCUGGUUUGCACUCAACGGCGACACGUGCUGCCUCUGCAUGUCGGAGAAGCGCCACUCGAUCCGGUCCGUCUCGGUCUCGCUCUCGGGUGCGACCGUCACGACCGCCGAUAAGCUCAACCAGACGUACACGUCGUUUCCCGUCAACAAGAGCACGAAAAAGGAGUACCAAACGUGGUGCUUCUCGGUGACACUGCGGUAUCAAAAGACCAAGUCGAUCGUGUUGCGGGCGCCGACCAAGCAAGAACGCGACGAUUGGAUGCACUUGAUCUCGGUCGUCAUCCAAAAGACGGCCGAUAUGAUGUGGGAGCGCCGGCUCGAAGACACGAUGACGCUCCGCAGCAGCAUGCUCGACGCCAACAAGCCCGAGCCCGACGAGCGCCUUAGCAUCCCGCACACGCAAGACAUUAUGAACAACGUCCGUGGCUCGAUGCGUCUCUCUUCGUGCUCGACGAUUUGGUCGUCGUCCGGGUCGCUCUCGGAGAUGGCGGUCGACACGUCGGGAUCCACGUCGUCGUCGUCGUCGGCGUACAUGGCCCACACCAUCUCGACGGGCGCAACCAUGGCAGCCCUGAGCUCGCUCCUCGCUCUCAUUGAGCAAGACCCGCUGUACCGGCUCUCGAGCUACCAGAAGUCGCUGCUCUGGAGCCACCGGUCGUUUGUCGUGAGCCAUUUCUUUGUGCUGCCGCGCGUGCUAUCGUGCCUCACGUGGAGCGAGGCGAGCCAGCGCAACGAGAUGCUCGAGCUGCUGCCCAAGUGGUCGAGUCCGGCGCACAUUUCCGGGUACCUCGCGCUCCUCGACGCCGAGUUUGCCCACAUGGGCGCGGUCCGGCGCUUCGCGCUCACAAAGAUGGGGGCCAUGGACGACCUCACGCUCGCGAGCAUCCUGCCGCAGCUCGUCCAAGCCAUCAAGUGGGAACCGUACGCGACGUCGCAGCUCGUGACGUGGCUCAUUGAGCGUGCUCUCGUGAACCCGUCUCAGAUUGGGUUUGCGCUCUUUUGGACGCUCAAGGUGGAGACGUACGUGGCGCGCUGGUCGGAGCGGUUCCGGCUCGUGCUCGACGCGUACCUUGCAGUUGUCUCGAAACCCAUGGCGUCGAUUCUGUCGCUGCAAGAGGCGCUCUUCUCGCCCGAAGGCGAGCUCCACCGCAUCGCCAAGCGCGUCAAGAAGCUCAAGGCCAACGCGAGCAUGCACGAGGUGACGGUGCAGCUGCGGCACAUGCUCUCGGACCUCAACGUGCUUCUUCCUCCGUCGUACCAAUUGCCCAUCGACCCGCGCGUCGAGGUUGGCGCGCUCCUCGUGGACCAGUGCCGCGUCAUGUCGUCGGCCAAAUUGCCCCUUUGGCUCGUGUUUGAGAACGCCGACCCGACGGGCGAGCCGAUCGAAGUCAUCUACAAGGCCGGCGACGACGUGCGCCAAGACCAGCUCACGCUCGAGAUGUUUCGCCUCAUGGAGUCGAUUUGGCAAGACGACGGCCUCGAUCUGUGCCUCAAACCGUACCGGUGCGUCGCAACGUCACCGUUUACCGGCAUCCUCGAGGUGGUCACGGAGGCCGUGACGACCGCCGACAUUCAUCACCGCAACGGCGUCUUCGGACCGCUCCACGAGGCGAGCUUUCUCGACUGGAUCCAACACCACAACCGCGACGCAACGUCGCUGGCGUCGGCCGUCGAUCUCUUUCGGCGGUCGUGCGCAGGCUACUGCGUCGCGACGUACGUGCUUGGCAUUGGCGACCGGCACAACGACAACAUCAUGAUGACGACGGCCGGUCGGUACUUUCACAUUGACUUCGGGCACAUACUCGGCCACUUCAAGUAUCAGCUCAACAUCAAGCGCGAGAAGACGCCGUUUGUGUUUACAAAGGAAAUGGCGCACGUGCUCGGCGGCGUCGACGCCGAGACGUACGCGCUCUUUGUCUCGACCUGCGGAGAGGCCUUCAACAGCAUUCGCAAGCACACGCAUUUGCUGACGACGCUGCUGCUUAUGAUGCUGCCCGCGGGCAUGCCCGAGCUCACGGACGGCACGGACCUCCAGCACCUCGUGCAAGCCAUGGACACGAGUCUCACGGACGUCGAGGCGCACGCGCAGUUUGCCGAGAAGAUUGCGAUUUGCCUCAAGCACCCGUUCAAGCGCAUUGACAAUACGAUCCACAAUUUUGUGCACAAGCUCCGCAGCUAAUUCGACGAGUUGGGACUUAAGUAUUAUAUAUGG